UUCUACUAAAAUGUCAUACUUCAUUUCUUGCCUUUUAAUAGUCUUAGCAUUCAUUUUUGGAGCUACAUGUUCAAAUGGAGACAGAGCACAAUUCUACAAGGAGUGUCUUCAACGCUGCAAUAUAAGGAAUUGUACAGCAGAUUUGGAGUAUAAAAUAAGUCCUCCCAUAGAAUUGAAAUUAUUGUCAUGGACAUGCGACGAUGAUUGUCGUUAUAAUUGUAUGUGGAAAACUGUUGAGUAUUUCACAUCUCAUGGCUCGAGAGUUCCUCAAUUUCAUGGAAAGUGGCCCUUUGUGAGGAUGCUGGGUCUGCAGGAACCUGCAUCAGUGUUUUUUUCCGUACUUAAUUUCCUAGCUCAUUUCAUGAUGUAUAAACGAUUCAGGAAAGAAGUUCGACCAUCAAAUCCCAUGUACUCGGCAUGGACGUAUUUCAGUGUGGUGUGUAUGAACGGAUGGAUGUGGUCCACAGUGUUUCAUGCCCGAGAUAAAGCAUUUACUGAAAUGAUGGAUUACUGUUGUGCAUUCACGAUGGUUCUCACUUUGUUAUAUUGCAUGCUUCUGAGAAUAGCGUUUAAAUGUUACAAGGUGAUGGCUUUUUUGACCGGAGUGUACAUGAUAAUACUUUACACACACCUGUCGCAUUUAUGGUCUGGAAAUAUUAAUUACGGAUACAAUAUGCAGUUCAACAUAGCCCUAGGAUUCCUAUCAUUUGCCAUUUCGAUGAUCUGGUGGUAUCGCAAUCGGAGAAUACUAGCACAUGUGACAUUUGUUGGCUGGUUCAAUGUGCUAACUGUCUUUGUUACGCUACUAGAAAUCGCUGAUUUUCCACCGAUUUUUUGGACAUUUGAUGCCCACGCUCUGUGGCAUGCGUCAACUGCACCACUGGCCAUAAUCUUAUAUCGAUUCAUUAUUGAAGACUGCAAGUAUUUACAGAGGGUUUACGAAAAGAGUCCAUUAGAUGCUGAAUAAAUUAAAUCUUUGAAUAUGCUUAUCAGUGUAUUCAAACAAAAAAUUUUACACAAAUCAUCAAUCGUUCUUUAGAAUCCCCCAUCCAUUAUGUAAUUAUUACGUUAGGACUGAGACUCAAACAUCAGGAUGCAACAACUUAGCAGUUCUCGAAGUGACGAUUACUAGUAAUACGUUAUUCUCAUGGUUUGAGAUGAAUAUGAUCCAUUAAUAAUAAAACGUAAUCAUAUAUUUCAA